UAACACCCAUCACCCAAGGUGAGAGUGAGAGCUAUCAGCCUGAAUUCAUCAAAUUCACAUAAUACCUUAUCUAUGAAAUAUGUCUUAAAAUGUCCUCCAUUCAAAAGCAGGGGCUUUUGAACACAGUUAAUAGCCUGGACUUGCCUUGGGUAAUCUCCAAAGGGAGCUCCUACACCUAAAAAAUCUGAUUCCCUUCAAAAAUUCUGUUUUGAUCAAGAAGAAGCUGAAAAGCCCAGUGAGGUUCAGCAACUUACUCAGUAUCAGGUAGUUAUGAUGACCACCAAGAGGUCGGAGGCAGGAGUGUCAUCUGUCAGUCUACUCUAUGAAAUGUAAAAAUAUAGAAGUUGUAUUUAUUUUUAAAAAUAAGAAGCCCAAUUAUGAAUUGAUUCAAAAGAAAAAUCUCUCUCUUUCUCAUUACAGAUUAGAUCAGAGAAGUGGAUAAUGGAAAUCACACUUUGGUGAUUGAGUUUGUAUUUGUGGGCUUAACAAAUCACUUCCAGCACCAGCUUCUUCUUUUUGUGGUAUUUCUCUUGGUUUACCUUGUCACUCUUCUGGGAAACAUGGGGAUAAUGACUCUCAUUUGGAUGGAUUCUCGGCUCCACACCCGAAUAUACUUAUUUCUCAGCCACUUGUCCUUUGUAGAUCUCUGCUCCUCUUCUGUCAUUGGUCCCAAAAUGUUGACUGACAUCCUUGUGGAGAAAAAAGUCUUCUCUUUCUUUGGUUGUGUUGCCCAGAUCUGGCUUUUUGCUGUAGUGACUGAGUGUUUCCUCCUGGCUUCCAUGGCAUAUGAUCAGUAUUUGGCCAUCUGUAAGUCCUUGUUGUGCACACUCGUGUCCCAGCAAGUCUGUGUGCAGCUGGUGGUAGGGCCUUAUGCUGCCUUGGGUCUUAAAAGCACCAUGAUCCACAUAACUUUCACCUUUCACCUGCCUAACUGUGGUCUGAAUAUCAUCAAUCACUUAUUCUGUGACCUUCCUGUUCUCUCCCUGGCAUGUGCAGGCACACAGGUCAGUAAAUGUUUACUUUUCAUCUUGGCUGGAGCUCCAGGAGUACUCAGCAGUGUGAUCACCUUGGUCUCCUAUGUUUACAUUGGCAUCGCCAUCCUGAGGCUCCGUUCUGCUGAUGGGAGGUGGAAAGCCUUUUCCUCCUGCUGUUCACACUUGACACCCGUCUCCAUCCUUUAGGGGACACUCUUCUUUGUCUAUGUACGUUGGAGCUCUAGUUUCUCCCUGAAUAUUAACAAAGUGGUUUCUGUGUUCUGCACAGCUGUGAUUCCCAUGUUAAACCCACUUACCUACAGCCUAAGAAACAAAGAGGUCAAGGAUUCAUUCAGAAGGACAUUUGAAAGGAAGAAAUUUCUUUUGAGUAAGUGAAUUAUGACAUCGUUUGUAUUAUAGGUUGAGAAGGUAAAUACAUUAGAACAUCAUUUGUACUACAGAGUGAGAGCUAAUAUAUAUGUACGAUGGAA